CCAUAUUUGUCAUCGGUCCAAAUGAUUAGCCAAGGGAGGUUUGCAACGUCAGCCCCUCAGCCCUCGUUUUUAAUGGAGUUUGCGAGUGUACAAUUAUGUUGACUUCGGAGCCUGAAACGCCCCAUAACUCAAUUCCCAAUGAUUGUACAUCCGAUAAGAAAAGUCAGCCAAAACGUAGAACCUCAACAUCAAUAUGGAGUCAACAUACAAGUACCAGAAGACACAGACAGAGACAGUGACAAGAAGAGAAAGAGGAAAGAGACCCCGGUACUGUGAUUGAUUCAUCAAGGCAGUGGAAACAGGAUGUGGGUCCUCAUCUCGGCAGCUCUACUUCUCUCUCUGACAGAGAGAGCCACAUGUGAUAAACUGGCAGCAACACCAAAGGCAUCACCCUGGACCAUCACCUUCAGUCCAGCAGAAAUAACAGCAGAGAAGGGACUAUGUGCUGUUAUUUCAUGUACUUUCACUCACCCUCAUAACACCAAGCCUACCCCUGCAGUAUGGUUCAAGUGCCCAACAAAGGACAAAUGUGAUAAGGAUAAAAUCAUAAUUUUCCACUCCAAAGAACCCUCUAAAGCUCAGGAGGGUUAUAAACAGAGAGUGUCUCUACUGGAGACUGAUCUGACAAAGAAUAACUGUAGUGUGAUCAUCAACGACAUCAGAGAGAAUGAUGCUGGAGAGUAUCAAUUCAGACUUCCAAGUUCAUAUACAUACCCAAAGAAAGUGAACAUCACAGUGAGCGCUCUGACCCAGAAGCCCUCAGUGUUGACUCCUCCUCUGACAGAGGGAGAACCAGCUACUCUGACCUGCAUCGCCCCGGGGAUCUGCUCUGGAACUCCUCCUAACAUCACAUGGACAUGGAGAGGAACAGGAGACAACAUCACUGAGCUCAGAGACAACAUCACCAUACAGGAGAGAGAGGACCUGACCACUGUGACAACAACCCACUUCUCAACGUUGACCUUUACCCCCUCAGCUGAACACCACAACAUGAUGGUUACGUGUCAAGUAACCUUCCAGAAAAAAUAUCAAAUUGAAGAGACAGUAACUUUGAAUGUGACAUAUGUGAAAGAGCCCCAAAUAACUGGAAAUGAAAUGGUGAAGGAGGAUGGUACCCUGGAUCUGACCUGCAGUGUUGACAGUUACCCUCCAUCUGAUAUCACUUGGAGUAUGAAGGGGACAAGUGCCCCACUUCAGAAUUACACUGAAAAUGCCACUCUCACCAUCUGCAAUGUGACAAGAGAACAUGCUGGGGAGUAUGUGUGUACAGUUCAACACCUCAACAGGACUAUGACAGCUUCCACUGUUGUCACUGUGAUGUACCUUCCUGUGAUUCUUCCUGGCUCUGGGUGUGUGGACCAGGCAGAGGUCAUGACCUGUGUGUGUGUCAGUCAGGGGGUUCCCUCACCCCUCAUAGUGUGGCACCUGCUGGAGCUCAACACAGUGAGGUGCAGCCUCACUACGUCAGUGUUGAGUUCCUCAGUGAACAGCACCAUCAGUCUGCCUGUUGGACACCACAACAACACCACUGUGGAGUGUGUCAGCAGCAAUGUGGUGGGUGUAGUGAGAGAGAAGCUGCAGGUCACACAAAAUAAGAGCCAAGAAAAGCAAAGAGAGAAGGAAUUGGAAGGCAUUAUAGCUUUGCUGUCGGACCUCAAAAUGAUUACUGCAUUUGUGGUUGGUGCAGCCCUCUCAGCCACCAUCUGUUGUAUCUUCCUGUGUUUGAAAGGGAAAUGUAAAAGACAAAAAGAGAGGAUCCCAAUGUACUCAGACUCCAAAAGUCCUUUCAUGAACCUGGAGAUGGUGACAUGUGAAGACCAACAGACGGAUGCAGGACAGGCUGUGGGGGGCGAACAGACCCCUCUGCAGUUGGAGCUGAGCGAGGGAGCUGAAAAUGGAGGGCCCCAGACCAGUGGAGCCGCGGGAAAAUUUGCCACAGGGGAAGAACUAAAUGAAGUGGACUACGCCAGAAUCAACUACUCCCUGCUGAAGAAGAAGAAUCCUGAUGAGGCAGGGAAGAAGACCACCACCACAGAGACAGACUACGCCAAAAUCAAAAGAGAGAAAAAGAAAGAAGGGGAUGAAGAUGGUGGAGAGGGGAGUGGUGUGAAUAUGGGGAAGGAUGAGGAGAAAGAGAACAGUACGCCAGCAGCAGAGUCAGAUGAGGAUACAGCGCUUUACUCCAACGUCAAGGCUAUUAUGGGUGGUGCUUGGAAUCGAAGAAAGAAGGCUUUUCUGUAGAUGGGAUGAACUUGGGUAUUUAGACUAUCAGUGGCCACUACUGGAUGCAAGAUGUUUAAGGGUUUAGUCAUCAGGCCAUCAGACAUUUAGAACAUCCAAAGACAAGGAAUAUCCAGCUAACUUAGACAUGUUGCAAAGAAAAUAUACCACAAUAAAUGUCCAUGUUGAGGCCUUAGUCAUGUUUUAAUCUGAACAUACUUUUUUUCUAAUAGCAGCAACACAUACUGUAUUUUAGGGAUUAUAGUUCAAAUGUAAUUACUUGGGAGAAGUAAAACCCCACCUAUAUAAAUAUAGUAAGGUUGGUGGCACUUAAACAAAGUCUUAAAAUGUGAAAAGAAACUUAACUGAGGCCGACAGAGUGUUGUAAAAGCCUUGGUCAAACUCAGUAAGGUUAACUAUCAGAUCUUACUGUAAAACACAUCAUGAGCUGAAGACCAAAGGCAUCAUUUUAUUACCUUCUUUUAGCUAGGCAAGUCAGUUAAG